AUGACUGAUAGCCCUACCGUUGCGGCGUUCGCCAUUGCCGCAGGCCAAAGAUCUAUGCUAGGUGGUGACAAUGAUGCCGACGCUGAUGCGGACCUUGAUGACGACUUGUAUGGCGAGUCCGAGCAAGAGGCCCCAGGCAACGGAAUCCCGGGGACUGAGCUGUCCCAUACCUCGACGCCGCUAUUUGCGUCGAAUGUACCAGAGCCGUCGAAGGCUUCCCACGCUCGCGAUCACAAUACUAUGGUGGCCGCCGCUGCCGCCACUCAUCUCUCUCCUUCCUCCAUGGCCUUGUCAUUUGCCGAUAUCCCCAUGACCGGACCGGACCUGCCAGUCCAACUUAGUCCAGGGUCCCUUGCAGCCACUAUGAAUCUCAACGCUUCCUCUGAUGCGGAUGCUAGUAACGAGCAAGCUCGAUCGCUAACGUCCUCGGGUGAUGACGGGAUGAAAGCUCUGUCGAGUCUUGUUUCCACCGCGCGUGAUCCAACCGAAGCGGAUGACCUCUCACAGACCCCCACGGGUGGUGUUUCGGCCAACGGGGCUUUAAUGCUUCCUCCUGCCUCUGCUGAUCUCCCUUCUCGCCCCUCCGUGGACAUGAACCUCGAUGGCGGCAUUAGGUCCACCUCCCGGGCCCACCAAUCCCUCAUUACCACAAGUGCCACCCAUCGGCCCGGCUUCAGCCGGCGCUCCUGGAACUUACUCAGGAGCCCAAAAUGCUGGGGAGAGCCCGCUAGCCCCAACUACCACCGAAUGUGGGAUCGCUACGUCACCGAUGAGAAGCGAUACAUGGCCGAGCAAAAGUGGGAUAGGUUCCCAGAAGGAUCUCGGGUUUUUAUUGGAAACUUGUCAUCCGAUAAGGUCACGAAGCGCGACGUUUUCGCCCUAUUUCAUCGUUUCGGCCGACUCGCGCAGAUAUCGCUAAAAUCAGCGUUUGGAUUCGUGCAAUAUCAUACUCUAGAGGAAGCCCAGGCCGCUGUAGAAAAUCUCCAAGGCGUGGAAGUGAAGGGCCGCAAGAUCCACCUUGAAUUCUCGAGGACGCAGAAGAAAAAGGAUGCUAAGGAGGAGCGAGCUCGGUCUCCUGAUCGUGGCCCGCGGGGUCGGGAAGCGGUCAACAAAGGGGCCGCCAAGGCAGUGAUCACCGCUCCCAUCGUCGUGAAGAAUCCUAUGGCAGGGACCGGCAAUUUGAAAAUUAUCGAUCUAGGGACCGGUCCAUGUCUCCUCGGGCUCGAGGGAGGGACAGCCGAGACAGAGAGUCGUAUCCUCCUACUCUUACAAGAGGUCGAUCCCAAUUUCGUCAAUUGGGUACGGGGCGCGUUUAUUGAGAGGGGCUUGCGGACAGAUGUGAUGAUCGUUAACCCCGCAUAUCACAUCAAGAAAGACAUCAUCAGUCGGUUGGUCGUAGAUGGAGUUUGUGGUAUCGUCGAACUUGAUUUUAAGGGACAGGACCGUGGUGAGGUGUACCUUCAUCUAUACGAUCUUUCGCGCGGUCUCAGCAAUGUCAGCUUCAACGAGUACCAGGGUCUGAAACCAGCGACCGCGGCGGAUCUCGUUUCGCAAACCAAGUCGAAGCCCUCUUACCAAACGGCGCAACCCUCAUAUGGCAGUGGUCCUCAGACUGGCUUUUACGGUCAACCUCCGGCCACCCAGCCCAUGAUUCCGGCAGCGGCGAGUGCCUAUCAUCACGGCCAGCCAGGGCCUGGCGCAUACCCUCAAGCUCCAACCCAUGCGAGCGCUCCUGCUGGCGUUGACUUGCAGCAAAUUCUGAGCCAGCUUCAAAAACCAGGGCUCCCCAACAAGGUAUUGCAGCGCCGGCCUCAGCCCCUAGCGCUAUCGACAUUCAAGCUAUUCUCGGACAACUCAAAGGAGGCUCACCUCCCCUCCAGUCUCCCAAGCAGGAUAUCCUAG